GCUGUUGUUUUUUGCGCUCACACUUCCGGGUUUAUCUCGCCGUCAGUUCGCGUCAACUUUUUGUUUUCAGUUUCCCUCUUUAACACCGUUUAACCCUCUUUAACCCACUUUAACCCUCUUUAGCCCGGCCCAGCCUGUCCCGGCCUGCUCCGCUCCCCCGGGCCUGCUGUCCUCGGGAUGCCGCUUCAGUGACUCUGUGUCCGGCUGAGUGAGGCGCCGCUUCGCCCUGGGGUUAGCCGUUAGCCGCUUAGCUCCGAGGAUGUGGUGCUGCUGGUGCCUGGACUCAGAGCCCAGUCCAGUCCCAGACCCGGCCCCAGGACCCGGGUCCAACCGAGGGUCCAACCGAGGGUCCAACCGAGGGUCCAACCGAGGGUCCAACCGAGGCCCAGUCCAGAGCCAGCCCCCUCCAAUACAGAGCUGCACCAGCUGUGGAGGAACCUUCAGUAACAUUCAGAAGAAGCACGUAUGUGUGGACUGUGGGCUGUGCUACUGCAGCAGAUGCUCCACCCGCUUGGAGCCCCGCCCCCGCCUGUGUCACACCUGUCAGCGUUUCUAUGGUAACCUGCUGCAGAGGGCGGAGCUUAUGAGGCUGAAGGUGAAGGAGCUGAGGGACUACCUGCACCUGCACAAGGUGCCCACUCACCUGUGCCGCGAGAAGGAGGAUUUGGUGGAGCUGGUGUUGGGACAUCAGUCGUCCUCUGAAGCGUCAACGCCAGACUCCGCCCCUCCACCGCUGACCACGCCCACGCAGGCUCCUCCCACAGAGACGCAAGCUCCUCCCACAGAGACACAGGCUCCUCCCGCAGAAACUAUAUCCUCGCCACGGCCAGAGAGUCCAGCCACGUCCAUAGAUGUACAGGCCCCGCCCACAAAUGAACAGACCCCACCCACAAAUGCACAGGCUCCACCUCCCCAAACGGAAGCCCCUCCCCCUGAACCACCCACUGUCCAAUCAGAGAGUCCACUGGAGGACGAGGAGGAAGAGGAGGAGCAGGACACCCCGCGGCGCAGGGCGUCUCUGUCAGACCUGCGCUCUGAGGACGACAUCGAGAAGCUGAGCGUGCGGAGACUGAAGGAAAUCCUCGCACGCAACUUUGUGGACUUUAAAGGCUGCUGCGAGAAGUGGGAGCUGAUGGAGCGAGUGCGACGACUGUACAGAGACAAGAGCAGUCUCCACGAGGGGGGCGCUGCACCAGACGAGCUCCUGUGUAGGAUCUGUAUGGACAGCCCCAUAGACUGUGUGCUACUGGAGUGUGGUCACAUGAUCACGUGCACGCAGUGCGGCAAACGCAUGAGCGAGUGUCCCAUCUGCAGACAGUACGUGGUCCGAGCCGUACACGUCUUCAGGUCCUGAGGGGAUGUUCCACAUUGACCAGCUGAAGUCUGGAUCUUCUUACAUAAAACUAAACACAGAGAUGUUGAGUCUCAGGGCGGACAUUUUGCAGUUUAAACUUUACAAACCUCAUGACUUUAACCAGACCAGGGCGAUUAUGGUCAGAAGCAUCGACUCAUGAUCGGCUUUUUCUUUUAAAUCGACGUGACCACAGAGUGACCGCUCAUCCGGGCCUGCAGUUGUAGCGGCUAAUCUGGAGCCCAGUUCUAUGUUUGUAAUUCUGACCACGAGUAUCAGAGUAACCAAAGAGCCAAUCAGGAGCCUGUUCCCGCCCACACCGCUGGUUUGGCAGGAGGCGGGCUCUUAGCAACACCGUCACUCAAACCUACUGCUAACGCUAGCGGGAGCGACCUCAGGGAAAGCACCUGAUUGGGCCAGAUGGUUUUUCAAAUGAAAAGUGAAUUACAACCAGACCUCAAAGGAACAACUUCAUCUCCACGCUCACUUCCUGUUUGGAACGCGACAGCUAGCAUGUUAGCUAUGUCCAUUUAUAUACAGUCUACGAUCGUGAUUCUUUAAGCUUCUCUUGAAUGCUACUCUGUGGUCAGAAUGUUUUCCCACACACUCCACCUCGUGGUCAGUCUCAGCGACGCUCUGUGUGAUUGACAGGUGGAUUUAUCCAAUCACAGAGCAGUGUGAACUUUCAGAAGAUGCAGAUGACGUCAGUGACCUUUUCAAGACACUUAUAAGUUUACAUGAAUCGUGAUCAAAUUGAAAUCCUGAUAUAGCUCCAACAAAAUGAUGAUAUCAUUUUUUUGGUAUCGCUCAGACCUAAGUAUAACCAGGUUCUAAAGGUUCUCCUCAUGAUGAUCCUCACUGUUUAAUCGUUUUGUUCUGCAGUUCAGCCUCAGCUGUUUAACAUGAAGAACUAAAAGUCUGAGAGGGGCAGGUUAAUCGUCUUAUUAAUGUUCAUAUGUUGAUUUACACACAGUAGUGAAAUAAAAACUCUAGCAGCAACAGUUACACAGAGAUGGGUGACAAUUUUUACAUAGAAAGUGAAUUGGAGCCAGAGCCGAUGGAGCGGAAGUGCGCCCAUGAUCACUUCCUGUUGGUAAAGCGGCGGCUAGCAGGUUAGCUACAUCCAUUUCUAUAAAAGGUCUAUGGUCUAAAUGUGGAAUGUAAUGAGGGAACACUGUUAGAACAUGGUUAUUGUGAUUGUAUCUCCUUUAAACUUCACAAACGUCACUGUUGUGGAGACGGUCUCUGCUGUUGGCGCUGUUGUAACCGGGGGCGAUGCAGAGAAACACCACAGUGCCUUUUAAAGUUUUAUGAAGCAGUUUUAAACAAAGUCUCUGUGAGAUGAAGAAGGGACCAAUCAGACGCCGGCUCCUGUGAAUCUGCCCGGCGACAGCGUCAGCUCGUCCAAUCAGAGUCUUCCUUCCACUUUUGCACUAAAGUUUGUUUUUUUUAAGCUGUUUCUAGUUUGUGCUUCUUCUGUUUGACUUGGAUCAUUAUUUUGGGUUUGUUGUUGCUGUUUUGGGGUUUUCAUGAACAAAAUACCAGCUCCAAACUGUCAGAUGCACUUCCCAACUCUUGUAUCCUCCCCGUGUGUCAGAUGCCCUCCCCGUGUGUCAGAUGCCCUCCCCGUGUGUCAGAUGCCCUCCCCGUGUGUCAGAUGCCCUCCCCGUGUGUCAGAUGCCCUCCCCUUGUGUCAGAUGCCCUCCCCGUGUGUCAGAUGCCCUCCCCGUGUGUCAGAUGCCCUCCCCGUGUGUCAGAUGCCCUCCCCGUGUGUCAGAUGCCCUCCAUGUGUGUCAGAUGCCCUCCCCUUGUGUCAGAUGCCCUCCCCUUGUGUCAGAUGCCCUCCCCGUGUGUCAGAUGCCCUCCAUGUGCCUUGGAGCCUUAAACAAAGCUGGACAUUUGUACAGAGAAUGUUUUAAAAUGAAAAAAGGAAGAAUAGUUUUCUCUGAGUGAAUUAUUUUGUAAUAAAUGUAAUUUCUUACAUUUG